CCCCGCUCGUUGUCUUCGCCCCUCUACACACCGUGCGCGACGCCCCGACGCUGUCGACGGCGCAUGUCAUCCACGCGCACUCUCUGACCCCCCGGCGCGCCCCUUCCUGCCACUCCCUGCCCCCACCUGCCGCCUGGCCUGCGGCUGCAUGCUGAUCGCCCGAUUGCGCCCUCUUAUUCUCAUGGACAGCGCCGCCUCCCACUACCAGCCCAGCAUGUCCUCCCAAGACGGCCCCUACUCCCAGCCGCAGAGUCAGUCGCAGCAGAGCCAGCAAUGGUCUCAGCAGUCGCCGUCCCACCUCCUCCCCCCGCCCCAGAACCAGUCGGCAUUCCCCUCCCCGUCCUCGCCCUCCUCCUCGCUGAGCGAGCAGCCCUACCCGUCGUACUUCCAGCACUCUCAGUCGUCCACCCACUCCUCCAUGUCCGACUCGCUCAACGAUAGACAGGGUGACAAGACCGCCCUCUCCCUUAACCUGUCUUCCCUCACCGUCACUUCCCCCACCAACCUGUCUCCCAUCAACCCUUCACCCCACCCGUCGACGCACGCGAGCUCGCACGUUUCACCGAUCACGCCCAUUAGCCCCUCCGGCGGACUUGUCGGCCACCACCCCCAUCACGCUCACCACCCGCACAUCCAGCAGCAGUUCCAGUUCGCGCCGCCCGAUCACGGCGUGCGCUAUGAUGACGGGCACUACGACAGCUACGGCUCGAAGCGACUGACCAGCUCGCGCUCUUCAUCCUCUUCCGAAAAGUCGGUUCCGCGCAAGCGCUCUUACACCACAUUGGCGCCACUCGCGACCUCCGUAGAGGAGACCGCGUAUGACUUAGGCGAGGGUCCCAACAGCGCGAUGUACGACGAGGUAGACAUGACAUACGGCGCCAUGGACACGGAAGGCAGUCCGAUCGACGGGAGCAACAGUGGCGGCGAGGACGACCAGAUGAAACCUAUGGAGGGUCAGGUCCCGACCGGCGGCAGCGCGCUCCAUUCUGGCGGCGCGGCCCCCUCGCUUGGCGUGCUCAACAAGCCGCUGGGGACCAACAACUUUGUCACCAAGCUGUACCAGAUGAUCAACGACCCAAAAUCCUCCCAGUUCAUCACGUGGACGGAGCACGGGACAAGCUUCGUUGUGUCGAACGUCGGCGAGUUCAGCCGUACGAUCCUCGGGUCCCACUUCAAGCACAACAACUUCUCUAGCUUUGUCCGGCAGCUUAACAUGUACGGCUUCCACAAGAUCAACCGCACGCCGCGAGCACAGCGCACAUCCGCCGACGUACAGACCUGGGAGUUCUCCCACCACAAGUUCUUGCGCGGACGCCCCGAUCUGCUCGAGGAGAUCAAGCGGAAGGCGCUUGAGCCCGAUCCGUCCCUCAAGCACCGUGUCGAACUGCCAGGAGAAGUCGCCGCCCAGCUCUCCCAGAUGCGUGACGAUAACCGGCGGCUUAUGGCUGCGUUCCAGCAGGAGCGCAUAAAGGUCGAGCGGCUGGCGGGCGUUACGAAGGUCAUGUACGACAUCAUGGCCAAGAGCUUCCCAGGUAGCGUGCCUGUCGCCUUCCCCACCGACGUCUUAGAGUCCGACAGCCCGAACAUCUACGUGACGUCUCCAACCAGUUCGGCACCGCAGGCCUCCCACUUCCCGUCGCUGUCAUCCCUUCCCAACAGCGGUCUCCACUCGUUGCAUUCGCUGAGCCCAGGCUCCAGCCCCACGACUGCCGAGUUUCCGUCCCAUACGCACACCCCGCACUCGCUCUCGAGGCAGCACUCUUACCAGCAUAUCCCGUCGUACGACAACAUGCAACACCACUCCCACCACGCGCACCAUGCCCAUCAGCACGCGCAUCAUCACCAGCAGCACCACGGUAUGCAUAGCGUGAGCAACGCUAGGUAUGAGAACCCGCUGACGACGCCACUUCCCCCGUCACCGGGGCCCAUGGAGUUUGAGGACCGCAUCGGUGCGAAGCGGCAGCGUACUGGCCCGGGCUCGUCCACCUCGUUCUCGGUCCCCGGAUCAGCCGACGGCUCGGCGCCGAACUCGUCGUCCCUCAAGAAGGGCAGCCGUGCCCGCAGCGAUAGCGCGCCGCUCGGGUACGGCCUGACCAACUGGCCGCAGACUCGACCACGAAGCGGCAGCGGCCUCGCGCCCCGCGGUCUUGGGAACCCCGGCGGCUCGAACCUGGGAUUGGGCAGCAUGAGCACUGGACGGCGCGAGGAGGUGCCCAACAUCGGCUCGCUCUCGCGGAGCCAGCUGCCGAUGCUGUCGAUCCCGUCGAUGACGAAGCAGCCGUCGAGUUGAUGCUGCGCGUGCUAUGUGGAGGAGGAGGAAUACGCUGCGACUGUGCGUAAAAACGGCCCGCGCGCCCGCGACCCGGGCGCGUGCGUGUGUAGGAUGAUGGAUUUCGAUGUUUCGCUGCUCGUCCGCCGCCUCGUGUUUUCUUGGACUGUUCUGCUCAGUGUACCACUUCGUCUGCCUGUCUGUUUUCUGCGUUGCAUUCUGUUCCAGCGCCCGUACCCGCCAUCCCCAGUGCGUUCCGAGCAUACCCCGCCGACUGCUGUCCCUCCUUUGUCGCCCGCCGUACGUUCCCUGUCGUCGCUUCUACCCAUGCGCAUCGUAUAUACAACCCCGUACACAUCCGCUGCGCCCCCGUCUGCAACUGGCGGUCCCCCGACCGCCUCCUUUUGUUCCCCCAUCUCUGUCCCCUCCACUCACUAUUGUCUCCUGCAUUUUCCGCUCUGUACACCUUCCGCUUCUCCACCCUCUUCUCGGCCGCGCGUGCGCGGGAGUGUGCGCGCGGUCCCGCGCUCCUGGGCAACCCCGCGAACUUUGGGUAUUUGGUCUGGCUCCGUCCGUGUUACGUCGUGGCGCUCCUUCCGCUCCCGUUCUUCGCCGUGCAGCGUGCGGCUUGCCCGCGACUCGAGAUCGAUCUAUAGACGUGUAUCACCAUCUGUGACAAAAUC